CCGGCGGUGCUGGGGAAACCGAAAGUGGGCGGCGGCUGCGGCUGUGGCCCUGGCGGAGACGGCGGCGAGAGCCGGGCCCAGAGGCGCGGGGACGGGCCGCAGGCCCCCAGAACGAGGUGAAGAUGCUGGAAGCAGAUCUGGUUUCAAAAAUGCUACGAGCUGUUCUGCAGUCUCAUAAGAAUGGAAUAGCAUUACCCCGGCUCCAAGGAGAGUACAGAUCCUUGACUGGAGACUGGAUCCCCUUCAAACAAUUAGGUUAUCCUACACUAGAAGCCUAUCUGAGAAGUGUGCCAGCAGUUGUCAGGAUAGAGACUAGUAGAUCGGGAGAGAUUAUCUGCUAUGCCAUGGCGUGCACAGAAACUGCAAGAAUUGCUCAGCUUGUGGCUCGUCAGAGGAGUUCUAAAAGGAAAACUGGGCGGCAAGUUAAUUGUCAGAUGAGAGUAAAGAAAACCAUGCCAUUUUUUCUAGAAGGAAAACCAAAAGCAACCCUCAGACAACCAGGAUUUUCUUCAGAUUUUUCUCUCAGCAAAAAACACAAUCCAACACUGUUAAGAGACAAAGGAAACUCUCUUGGACUUAAAUCUGAUGCUGAAAUGCCGCCUUACACAUUACAGACAACUAUUGGAAAUGAAGUGUUCAAAGAUGUUCCAGUGCAGAGGCAUGUGACCAUGUCUGCCAACAACAGGUUUAGCCCAAAGGCAUCCCUUCCACCGCCUUUUCAGAUGCACAUCUCAAGAACCUGUUCUAAGGAAAUGAGUGAUAAUUUAAAUCAGACUGUUGAAAAACCAAAUGUCACGCCUCCUGCUUCUUACACUUAUAAAAUGGAUGAGGUUCAAAAGCGCAUAAAGGAAAUACUAAACAAGCAUAACAAUGGCAUUUGGAUAUCUAAGCUUCCACAUUUUUACAAAGAGUUAUAUAAAGAAGAACUCAAUCAAGGAAUUUUACAACAAUUUGAACACUGGCCUCAUAUUUGCACGGUGGAAAAACCUUGCAGUGGCGGUCAAGAUCUACUUCUUUAUCCAGCUAAGAGAAAGCAGCUUUUGAGAAGUGAACUGAAUGCUGAAAAAGUGCCUCCAUCCCCACUUCCUGCUCCAAAACAAAUACCACCGCUCAAAGGGUGUCCAGCCCUCAUGCCGGGAGACUUUAAAGAGAAAGUUGCGGAGCUGCUGGUGAAAUAUUCAAGCGGUCUUUGGGCCAGCGCGCUCCCCAAAGCCUUUGAGGACAUGUACAAAGUGAAAUUCCCUGAGGACGCCUUAAAAAAUCUGGCCUCACUUUCCGACGUGUGCACCAUAGACUACAUUUCUGGAAAUCCUCAGAAGGCCAUUCUCUAUGCUAAACUUCCACUGCCCACCGACAAAGCUGGAAAGGAGGCAGGGCAAGCGCAUGAAGAUUAUGAUAUCAAGUCUAUGAUCGAACAAGAAUAUUUGCAGAUAGAGGAAAACAUUGCCGAAAGGGCUGAUACCUCUGUGGAGAAUGUAGCAGUUCCUCCGUUAAUCAUUCCGACGGAGGCGUCCCCAUCCAUAUUGGUGGUUGAACUGAGCAACACAAAUGAAGUGGUCAUCAGGUAUGUGGGUAAAGAUUAUUCGGCUGCUCAGGAAUUAAUGGAAGAUGAAAUGAAGGAGUUUUACAGUAAGAACACGAAAGUCACUCCGGUCCAGACGGUGCAUGUUGGCCAGUUGCUGGCUGUAAAUGCUGAGGAGGAUGCCUGGUUACGGGCCCAGAUCAUCUCAACAGAAGAGAACAAAAUAAAGCCGGCCAAGGAGAACCCCAAGAAAGAUGUGGGCCGGGCCCCAGGAUCUUGCCCUCAUGAUGGUCAUCUUGCAAAGGUAUGCUAUGUUGACUAUGGUUUUAGUGAGACUGUGGAAAAGAGCAAAGCAUACAAAUUAAACCCGAAGUUCUGUUCACUCUCAUUCCAGGCUACCAAGUGUAAGCUAGCAGGGUUGGAAGUUCUAAGUGAUGAUCCUGAUUUAGUGAAGGUGGUUGAAUCUCUAACUUGUGGAAAGAUCUUUGCAGUGGAAAUACUUGAAAAAGCUGAUAUUCCACUCGUUGUUCUGUAUGAUACCUCAGGAGAAGAUGACAUCAACAUCAAUGCCACCUGCUUAAAGGCCAUAUGUGACAAAUCACUGGAAGUUCACCUUCAGGUGGAUGCCAUGUACACAAAUGUCCGAGUGACCAAUAUCUGCUCGGACGGCACACUCUACUGCCAGGUGCCUUGUAAGGGUCUCAGCAAGCUCAACGACCUUCUGCAUAAGAUAGAGGACUACUUCCAUUGCAAGCACAUGACCUCCGAGUACUUCGUUUCAUUACCCUUCUGUGGGAAAAUCUGCCUCUUCCAUUGCAAAGGAAAAUGGUUACGAGUAGAGAUCACGAACGUUCAUAGCAGCCGGGCUCUUGAUGUUCAGUUUUUGGACUCUGGCACUGUGACGUCUGUAAAAGUGUCCGAGCUCAGAGAGAUUCCCCCUCGGUUUCUCCAUGAAAUGAUUGCAAUACCGCCUCAGGCUAUAAAGUGCUGUUUAGCAGAUCUUCCACAGUCUAUUGGCAUGUGGACACCAGAUGCUGUGCUUUGGCUAAGAGAUUCUGUUUUGAAUUGCUCAGACUGUAGCAUUAAGGUUACAAAAGUGGAGGAAACCAGAGGGAUCACACAUAUUUAUUUAUUUACCCCCAAGAACUUCCCUGAUCCUCACCGCAGUAUCAAUCGCCAGAUUACAAAUGCAGACUUGUGGAAGCAUCAGAAGGAUGUGUUUCUGAGUGCCGUGUCCAGCGGAGCUGGCUCCCCCAACAGCAAAAAGGCGAACACCCCCAUUCUGGGCAACACUGGAGAGAAUUUUAGAAAGAGCCUCUCGGAUGUCCUCAAAAAGUCCGUGGUAGACCACAUCAGCUCUUUCUCCACGGAGGAACUGCCCCCUCCGGUGCACUUGUCCAAGCCAGGGGAACACAUGGAUGUGUACGUGCCCGUGGCCUGUCACCCGGGCUACUUUGUCAUCCAGCCAUGGCAAGAGAUACAUAAGCUGGAAGUUCUGAUGGAAGAGAUGAUUCUGUAUUACAGUGUGUCUGAGGAGCGCCACGUGGCAGUGGAGAAAGACCAGGUGUACGCUGCAAAAGUGGAAAAUAAGUGGCACAGGGUGCUUUUAAAAGGAAUCCUGACCAAUGGGCUGGUGUCCGUGUAUGAGCUGGACUAUGGCAAGCACGAGUUAGUCAACAUAAGAAAAGUGCAGCCUCUGGUGGACAUGUUUCGAAAGCUGCCGUUCCAAGCAGUCACAGCUCAACUAGCAGGAGUGAAGUGCAACCAGUGGUCUGAGGAGGCUUCGAUGGUGUUUCGAAAUCAUGUGGAGAAGAAACCCCUGGUGGCACUGGUGCAGACGGUUAUAGAAAAUGCUACCCCUUGGGACCGGAAAGUAGUGGUCUAUCUAGUGGACACAUCGCUGCCAGACACAGAUAUCUGGAUUCAUGAUUUUAUGUCAGAGUAUCUGGUAGAGCUUUCCAAAGUUAACUAAUCACUGCUUCUGAGACCUUGACAACUAAUUCAGAUUUUUUAGCAAUAACAAAAUGUAGUAGGCUUUAAAAGAAAAUCUUACCUCUGCUACAUGGCCUGGCUGCUGUGAAAGAUUGAAAAGAAUAUGCUUAUGUUUAAUGAAAGAUAUUUAACAAGUUUUGUUUUAACAGAGUUGACUUUACAGAAGAGAAUUGCACUUGACUUAUUACUAUAAUAUUAGAAUAAAAAUGUUUAUCAAUAUAAAAACUA